CAUUCGAGAAGGGUUAGCGAUAUGUCGUGUAACGGAACCGAGAGCCGGCGGCAUAAACCGAUGGCCAAAAGUUGGUGGGCAGAGGACAUGGCUGAGUUGGGGAUAGACCUUUAUUGGAGAACCAUGAUUGCUAUUAAAUCCUGUGGGAAAGUACCCUCUAAUCUCAUAGGGGAGGCAUUGCAAAUGUAUGCAUCUCGAUGGCUGCCGAAUGUGUCUCGGAAAGUUAAGGCUAACCGAGGACAAACAACGGAUUCAGACUCGGACGACGACGCUUCUUCGAAGCACGGGCUGCUGUUGAAAACGAUUGUGAGUUUACUCCCAUCGGAGAAAGGCGCUGUCUCUUGCAGUUUUCUACUUAAGCUCUUGAAAGCUGCCAAUGUUCUUAAUGCUUCAUCGAAUUCGAAGAUGGAAUUGGCUAGAAGAGUGGCACUUCAGUUGGAGGAAGCAAGAGUCACUGAUCUGUUAAUACCCUCUCUAUCGGACUCAAGCUAUACCGGUUCCGGUUACGAUGUAGAUAUUGUCCUCACCAUUUUGGAACAAUUCAUGUUACAAGGACAGAGUCCUCCUACUAGCCCUCCUAGAUCGAAGCUCCGUCUCGAAAGGAGAAGAAGGUCACGUUCGGCCGAGAAUAUCAGUUUCGAGUUUCAAGAAAGUAGGAGGUCUUCUUCAGCAUCACACAGUUCCAAACUCAAAGUAGCCAAACUCAUGGAUGGCUAUCUUCAAGAAAUUGCUAGAGAUAGUAACUUACCACUAUCGAAAUUCAUCGCAAUCGCCGAGACAAUCCCCGAUUUCUCACGGCUCGACCACGAUGAUCAUUACCGAGCUAUUGACAUUUAUCUAAAGGCACACCCGGAUCUAACCAAGAGCGAAAGGAAAAAGCUGUGCCGCGUCCUCGACUGCAAAAAACUCUCGGUCGAGGCCUGCAUGCACGCCGCUCAAAACGAAAAACUGCCUCUAAGAGUAGUGAUACAAGUUCUCUUCUUCGAGCAAACUCGAGUCGCCACGGCCGGGGCGGGAAAAGUGGCCGAUCUCCCUACCAACAUCAAGGUACUUUUAGCUGCCCAUAACAUUGAUCCAUCAAGGCCUCCAGAAACAUUAAGCACUAGUACCAGCAUUCGAGCCGACGAUCAAUGGAGCGUUUCGGGUCUCAAGUCCCCCAAGUCGAGAACUUCGACACUAAGGAUGAAGCUCGCCGAAGGCGACGAUUCGGACGAACUCGAUACGAAUACAGAUGGAAUGGGAAGACAUUCUAAGCUCAAGGCCUUCUGUGCUUUGCCUACGGGGCCUAAAAAAAUGUUCAGUAAGUUGUUGCCAAACAAUAGAAGUGGCAGUGAAAAGAACUGAGUUAUUUAUAUUAGG